AAUUGUCAUGUCCAGAUUAUUGCUUGGUGUGUUGCUUGUUGCCAUCAUCUUGACUUGUGUUGCUUGUCAAGAGCAUGUUGAAAAAGAGGGAUGGGAUGGUGUUGGCUUUUUCCUAGGUGAGAAAUCUGCAUCUCAACUCCAAAUGACAAAAAGAAGAAGUGAAAUUCUUUCAAUUUUGAACAAACCACCACAACCUUCCAACAAGAUUACAUCCACUAAUCAAUCCAUUAGAGAUGUCAUUGCUAAUGCUCAACUUCCAACAUCAUCUACUAUUAAAUUCCCAAAUAAUAGAUUCCCUUCAUGCACAAAACAACAUUGUAAAAAAUUCUGUCGUCAUGGUUUCCAAACUGAUGCUCGUGGUUGUCCAAUGUGUGCAUGUAAACAACCUUGUCCAACUUAUAGAGCUUGUAAAAGAAAAUGUGAGUUUGGCUAUGUUCUCGAUGCAAAUGGUUGUAAUAGUAAAUGCCAAUGCAAAGAAGCUCCAGCUCUUGUCAAACCUAAACCAAUAUGCCCACAAUAUUUGUGCAGACGUCAUUGUCAAUUUGGAUUCAAAAUUAAUGAAAAGGGUUGCAGAACUUGUUCCUGUAAUGAAAAACCAAUCAAACCUAAACCAUUAAGUAUUUGUCCACUUUAUAGAUGUAGACGUCAUUGUCAAUUUGGAUUCAAAAUUAAUGAAAAGGGUUGCAGAACUUGUUCCUGUAAUGAAAAACCAAUCAAACCAUCAAGUAUUUGCCCACUUUAUGGAUGUAGACGUUACUGUCCAUAUGGAUUCAAGAUUAAUGAAAAGGGAUGUACUACUUGUUCCUGUAAUGAAACGCCAAAUACCACAAAGCCAUUCCCAAUCAAACCAAUAUGCCCACAAUAUUUGUGUAGACGUCAUUGUCAAUUUGGAUUCAAGAUUAAUGAAAAGGGUUGCAGAACUUGUUCCUGUAAUGAAAAGCCAAAUACCACAAAGCCUUUCCCAAUCAAACCAAACCCAAUCAAGCCAGAUUUUAUUAGAAGAUUCAUCCAAAAUCAAACCAAGCCACUCAAGUUAAACAAUGGCCAAAAAAUUGAGACAUUGUUUACCAAACCAGCUGUGUUGAGAGCUGAAUCUGCUCCAGUCAGAACUUUUCCAAGAAGAGGUGGUAGAAGAUAAAUUGUUGAUACAAUAAAAUAUCUUUUGACAUUGUU